AUGGCCUUUUUGCUGCGUCGAAUUUCAAAAUCUUUAAUUCUCAUACCCAUCAAUCAGGAAACCCGACUGAUCAAUACAGACUCAGCACCAAAAUAUGUUGCCAAAGCCAUCCGUGACUCAUUCAGAAGCAGUUGGAAUUGGGACACUCUGACGACCAAAUUUGAAUCUGUUAAAUUAGAUGGAGGGCUCGUCGAGAGUGUUUUGUUAGAAUUGAAGGAACCCAUUGAUGCAAAACGUGCUCUGGGUUUCUUCCACUGGGCAGCUCACAGGAAAAGCUUUGAGCAUGGAGUUUGGUCCUACUCCAUAACCAUUCAUAUUUUAGCCAGAGCCAGGUUGCUCAUGGAUGCUAGAGCUUUGCUUGAAUCAGUUCUGAAGAAAACUGCUGAAAAUGGUUCUAAAUUUUCAGUUGUGGAUUCAUUGCUUAGUAGUUAUGAGGCUUAUGCUAAGCUGAGAAUGUUUGAGACUGGUUUUGAUGUUUGUUGCUAUUUGGGGGAACAUGGGUUGCCUUUAAGUCUUAUAACUUACAACACUCUGCUUCACGUGGUUCAAAAAUCUGACCAGACUGCUCUGGUUUGGAAGAUUUAUGAGCAUAUGGUUGGAAAAAGAAAUUACCCAAAUGAAGAGACAAUCAAAAUCUUGAUUGAUGCUUUGUGCAAGGAAGGGAAGUUGAAGAAAUACGUUGACAUGUUCGACAGGAUCCAUGGGAAGAGGUGCUCUCCUUCUGUGAUUGUGAAUACUAGUCUGGUUUUUAGUAUUUUGGAGGAGGGUAGGGUUGAAGAAGGUUUGAUGUUGUUGAGGAGAAUGUUGCAGAAGAAUAUGGUUCUUGAUACAAUUGCUUACUCAUUGAUUGUUUAUGCUAAAGUUAAACAAGGAGAUGUAUGCUCAGCAUGGGAGGUGUAUGAAGAAAUGCUCAAGAGAGGUUUUCGAGCAAACUCUUUUGUCUAUACCUUGUUUAUGGGAGCACAUUGUGAGGGAGGAAGAAUUGAGGAAGCACAAAGCAUGAUGAAUGAGAUGGAAAAUAUGGAUUUGAAACCGUUUGAUGAGAGCUAUAAUCUUCUUAUUGAGGGAUGCGCUAAAGCAGGAAGAGUGGAAGCAAGCUUGAGUUACUUGAAGAAGAUGGUGGAGAAUGGGUUCAUCCCAUGUCGUUCCGCCUUCAAUGAGAUGGUUGGAAAGUUAUGUGAAACAGGGGAUGCAGAGCAAGCAAAUACAAUGUUUACCAUACUGUUAGAUAAAGGGUUCUUGCCGGACAGCAUCACAUACGCUCAUCUGAUUGACGGGUAUGGGAGAAAAGGUGAGAUUCAGGAGGUUGUGAAACUCUAUUAUGAGAUGGAAUCCAGGUUGCUUUCUCCAGGAGCACUGGUUUUUACAUCCGUGAUAAAGAGCUUCUGCCAAUGUGGGAAAGUGGAGGAAGCAGAAAGGUAUUUUGGAAUCAUGAAAGAUCGUUCAAUAGCCCCAAGUUUAUGUGUAUACGAGACAUUGAUUGCCAACCACUUUGACAAGGGCAAUGCAGAAAGGGCCCUUCACCUUAAGAAUGAAAUGGAACUUAUUGCAUCGAUUUAA